GCAGGAGGCAGAUUAGCAAUCCUCGUCGGCCACAAUGCGAAAGUCGGAGAGAUAGCGGGGAGAGAUAGGGGAAUCAGUUGACUUCUUAUACGACCGGCAAUUGGUAAUUGCGUCUCUUGUUUGGAGCGAUUCAACGUUUUUUGGUCAAAGGGGGAGAAGACAGCAGAAGUCUCGCGAGUAAUUUCAUCAUCACCAGCAACACUCACUAGUUUCGGCCGCCACCUGUUCCGUGAAGAUGACCGGCUCCGUCAAUGGCACCUCCGUUCCGACGGAGACGUCGCCGCUACUGCGCAACUCCGACGCGGAUGCGGCCAACGGCAACGGCACCAUCGACAAUGGCGGUCAGCAGAACGGCGCCACGUCCGCGGCCGCCCCCGACGCCGAUGAGAAUCGGGACGGCAACCCGGAGAUGGCCAAGAAGAUGCACUUUCUUCUUCCGGCCGUCGGCAUCGGUAUCUAUCUCUGCGCCGUCGACCAGCUGCUCACCGUGGCGACGUACGCCAAGAUCGGGAGCGAGCUCCAUGCGCUGAAUUACACGAGCUGGCUCGCAACAUCCUACUACAUCACCCUAACCAGCUUCCAACCCCUCUACGGCAAACUCAGCGACAUCUUUGGCCGCAAAGAGUGCCUCCUCUUCGCCUACACAAUCUUCGCCAUCGGCUCCCUGGGCUGCGGCCUCGCCCAGACCUUCACCCAGCUCUGCGUCGCCCGCGCCAUAGCCGGCAUCGGCGGCGGCGGCAUGAACAGCGUCGUCGCCAUCCUCCUUAGCGACAUUGUCCCCCUCCGCGAUCGCGGCGUCUGGCAGGGGUACCUCAACAUCAUCUUCGCCGCCGGCACGUCCACCGGCGCGCCCCUCGGCGGCCUCCUCGCCGACUCCGUCGGCUGGCGCUGGUCCUUCACCGGCCAGGUCCCGCUCUGCGUCCUCGCCUUUUUGGCCGUGUACUUUGUCCUCGACGUCCCGCGGACGGACCACGCCCACUGGCGCGAAAAGGUGCGGCGCAUCGACUUCCUCGGCGCCGCCACGCUCGUCGCCGCCGUCGUCGCGCUCCUCGUCGGUCUGGAUUCCGGUUCCAACAACGGCUGGUCGAGCCGGCUUACCGUCGCCGCGCUCGCCGCCACGCCCGUGCUGUUCUCCGUCUUCGUCUACGUCGAGAUGCGCGUCGCUUCGCAUCCCUUUGCGCCGGGCCACAUCAUCUUUGACCGCUCGCUGUUCGCGUGCUACCUCGCAAACUUCUUCGGCAUCGCGGGCCACAUUGCAUCCAUCUUCUUCAUCCCGUUGUUCUUCCAGGCUGUCCAGGGCACCUCGGCCACCCUCGCGGGCGCAGCGCUCCGCAAGGGCCGUUAUUACACGCUGACGGUGCUGGCGUACGGCCUCAUGGUCGUCGCCGUGGCGCCGACGGUCGCGGCGCUGUAUUUCCGGUCCUCGGCGGGCGUGGUGGGCGGCAUGGCGCUGCUUGCGCUCGGGGGCGGCGCGGGUAUCACGACCACGUUGGUCGCGCUGCUGGCUAAUGCGGCGGCACGGGAUUCGGCUGUCGUGGUGGCGUGUUCGUAUCUGUUCCGGAGCCUGGGGUCGAGUAUCGGGAUUAGCGUGUGCUCGUCUGUGCUGCAGCAGGUGUUGCGGACGCAGCUGGCGGCAAGGCUGAGUGAUGGUGAUGAGGCGAGGAGGGUGGAGGAGAGGGUCAGGGAGAGUUUGGAUUACAUCCGGGAGCUGCCGCCUGCUGUUGCUGGGGAGGUGAGGUCGAGUUAUCAGGUUGCGACGUUGGGGGCCAUGGUGCCUAUGGCGGCGUUGCUUGUGCUUGCUUUUGGGAGCACCUUCUUUAUCAAGGAGAAGGCUCUGGGGAAGAAGUAAGGGUGUGAGAGGGAGAGUAUGGAGAGGUGUUCUUCCCCCUUGGAGUGGAAGCUUCAUGGCGAGGUGUGCAUCCGCGACCUGGUGUACUCUAUACAUUUGGAGGAGAGAUGCUGUAGUAGUGAAAACUACAUGUAGCGGGACAGGGUUCGCUAUAUCUGUACCGGCUUGGCAUAUCUUAGGACUCUGUGUAACGCAAUGGGUUGGCUUAUAAGCGCGUCCAUACUCUGUAUAUAUACCUCACGUAGAGUCUCCGAACCCAAGACUUAAUCUCUCAACCCAAAGAAGCUCUGGGAUCUUGCGCAAGGUUGAGACAGCAUUUUCCGAGACAAUAUCGAAAGACAUCAUUCUACCCUACCAGCGGGAUAUAGGUCAAUGCUGGGAACUCACUGGCUAGGAGAGUAAUCAAACAACGUCCC